UUGGUUUUAACACUAUGGGUGAUCAUUGAGCUGGUUUUUAUUAUGUUUAGCAUGGUCAUAGUCAGGGGCGGACUGACAACUCAUGGGGCCCCCAGGCAAUAGGGGAUCAUGGGGCCCCUGUGUCCUCACCCACACCUAAAAAAGCCUAUGAAAAAUCCAAUGAAAGGUACCAGGGGCAUCUCAUGGGGCCCCCUACUGACCCCGGGCCCUCGGGUAGUGCUCGAGUGCUGGAAU